AUGAAUGGUGAAAAAGCUUUUUCCUGGUUUGAUGAUUGGUUGGAGAUGGGGAAACUAUUCGACAUAACUGGAGCUACUGGGACUCGUUAUCUUGGAGUAAGAAGAGGAGCUCGGGUCUCUGAGGCGGUAUCACAGGGACAGUGGAAGGUUAGGGGUCAGCGGAGUAGACAUUUUCAGGCGUUACACGCAAAGAUUCAAGCUACACCUGUUAUGCAGGCUGAUCUCGGUGAAAAUGUGUAUAUGUGGUGCCACGCCAUGGACACAUACAAAGAGCAGUUCUCGGCAAGGGACACUUGGGAUCAAAUUCGAAGUAGGAAGGCACAAGUGGCUUGGUGUAGUAGUGUCUGGUUUCCACAGGGUGUGCCUCGCUACUCCUUCAUACUUUGGUUAGCUGUUCAAAACAUGUUAUCAACUGGAGACAGAAUGAGAAUGUGGGGCAUUAGGCAGGAUUGUGUCUUAUGUGGAGAGCGGGAUGAGACUAGAGAUCGCAUGUUUUUUGCUUGCCCUUACUCGUAUUCAGUUUGGGAUAGAGUCGCUAGUGUGCUCAUUGGACCAGGUAUCAAUCCAGAUUGGCAGGAUACACUCACUUUUAUUCAGGAUGGAGGACGUUGUCAACUGGACAGUAUUCUUCUACGGCUCGCUUUUAAGACAACAGUCUAUCAUGUCUGGAGGGAGCGCAAUGCUCGAAGGCAUCUCAGCGGUAAUCAGACUGUAGCACAACUCAUUAAGCUCAUUGACAAAGCGGUCAAGAACAGAAUAUCAUCUCUUUGA